CAACCCCCUUGGAUCUUCUUCCUUCUUUUCUCAUCAUCAAUCUAAUCAUCCUUUCUGCUGAUCAGAAACCCGAGCUCAUCUUCAUUCAAACCUCUUGAAUCUAGGGCACCCAGCUACCCUUCCAACCCCUCGUCAACCUCCGAUUCCCCAAGGCAGCCUCUAGCUACCUGAGUUAUUUGCAAUCCACAAGUCCCAAACACACAUCAACAAAUCCACUUGUGCCUCAGCCACAAUGUCUUCUGCCGUCGACAACCUUGCCGAAAACCUCAAGAACGCCAGCAUCGAGGAUACCUCUGCGGCCAACAACGAGGCUGUUCUGGCUUCUGCUGCCGAAGGUCGUCGAUUGUACAUCGGGAAUCUCGCUUAUGCGACAACUGAGGCGGAACUCAAGCAAUUCUUUGCUGGCUACGACGUCGAGUCAACUUCCAUCCCCGUCAACCCACGCACAAACCGUCCUGUCGGCUAUGCCUUUGUCGAUCUGAAGACUGCUGAAGAGGCAGAGAAGGCGAUCGAAAACCUCUCUGGCAAGGACAUCCUGGAGCGCAAGGUCUCUGUCCAGCUUGCUCGCAAGCCAGACCAGACUAGCGGCGAAGGUGCCACCUCCGGUGCUGAGGGUGCUGAGCGCAAGCGAUCUGCAGGCCGUGGACGUGGAGGCCGGGGUCGUGGCCGCGGUGGUCGUGCUCCUCGAGGCGCAAGAUCCAACGAAAAUGCCGGCGCUGAAGGCACUGAUCUUGCCGAGAACCCACUUCCUCUGACCGACGUCACCGCUGAUGCCAACAAAGGUGAAUCUACUGACCCCAAGCAAACCCGUGCUCCUCGCCCACCCAAGCAACGCGGCCCACCAGAGGACGGCAUUCCAUCCACCACCAAGGUCAUGGUUGCCAACCUGCCAUACGACCUUAGCGAAGAAAAGCUCAAGGAAUUGUUCGCCGCAUACGAACCCAGCUCCGCCAAGAUUGCUCUCCGUCCAAUCCCUCGCUUCAUGGUCAAGAAGCUCCAAGCCCGUGGUGAACCUCGCAAGGGCCGUGGCUUCGGCUUCGUCACUCUUGCCUCGGAAGAGAUGCAGAAGAAGGCAGUUGACGAGAUGAACGGCAAGCAGAUUGAGGGCCGCGAGAUCGCAGUCAAGGUCGCCAUUGACAGCCCAGGAAAGGAAGAUGGCACCGAGAUCACUGGUGAGAACGGUACCAACGGAACCACCGAAGAGGUUGCUGCUGCCUAAAUGUCAAUACAUACAGCACUACCAGAGGUUCCAACACAAAUGAAGGAUCCGAUAUUCUUUUUAGCAGGGCAUCUUCUUACUCAAAGAACACGGAAGGCUUAGUUGCCCUUUCCACCUUUGAAGGGUGAAGCUGGGGCUGAAGUAUCGAUUAGUCAAGUGAGGUUGAUAGAUCAGCCCUGACAAAAGUAUGAUUCUUGCCGACCAGGCUGUAUCUUGCAAUACCAUAAUAUCACUUCUUGAAAACACUCCACACUCAAUGAAAUCCAUAUCUUGCCGGACAUGUUGCACCGCUCGG